AAGAGAGAGAGGGAGAGGAAACAGUGUAAAAUAAAACGGAAAGGGCAAAGCAAAACCCUCCUUAAACCCGUAUCAGAUUUUCGCGUUGAGGAACAUUUUCUGCAACAAUUCAGCCAAAAUGGCUCAUCGUUUGGUACGAGGAUUACGAGGAGCUGUGAGAAAUCUGAUCCUUCUUCGACAGCAAUCGGAACCCACCAAUCAAUUUCUCAAAUCCUCAACCAGAAACUAUGUGUCGGAGAUGCGGAACUCGGCGUUCGAGGCCAAUAUUCUCCGCCUUAUUCGAAACGAAAUCCAGUACGAGCUCGAUCAUUCGCCUCCAGCUGAGCCUGUGCCAGAAUUCAAUUCAUUCAUGGUUGAUGAACGCCCUGGGGAACAGUGGAUCCGAUUAAGCAGGAAAUUUGGAGAGAACGAGGAGAUCAAAAUUGAAGUGACUAUGUUUGAUGGAUCUGUUCCCGUUAAAAAGGAUGACGACACAGAGGAUGAGAAGCUUCAUGUUACUUUGAUAGUUGAUGUCUUUAAGGGGGAAGACACUGAUGUAUUGGAGUUUGUUUGCUCUGCAUGGCCAGAUAGCAUUGAGAUUCGCAAAGUAUUUACGCGUGGGCAUGAUGGAAUAAAAGAUCAGCCUUACAUGGGGCCCGAGUUCAAGGCCCUAGAUGAUGAACUACAGGAUUCCCUCUAUGAUUUCUUAGAGGAAAGGGGUAUAGACGAUAAGCUGGCUGAAUUUUUGCAUCGGUAUAUGAUGAACAAGGAUAAAAAUGAGUACCUACGGUGGAUGAAAAAUCUCAAAUCUUGUAUCCAGAAGAAAUAGAGAAAACAAGUUAAGUUAUCAUUUCGCUUACCGGGGUUUCGUUAUCAUGCGAGCUAUUGUUUUUGCUAUCAUAGUCCUGGAAUACAAUCAGCUGAUGUUUUCCUGAUGGUUCAUGCUUGUAAGUGAAGAUUGAAUUAUGAACAUAAAUGGAAUUGGAAUGGAAUGUCUUUAGA